AUCGAGUAAUAAAUUUCGUUAUUUUACUAUAUAUACAUAAAUAUAUAUAUUAUUUCAUUAAACUUUUUACAAAAUAGCAGACUUAUUUUUAUUUGAUAUUAGUAUUAAAAACUAAUUAAUUAUUUAAAAAAAAUAAUCAUAAAGAAAGUAGAAGUUGAGUUCAGAUAAGAGUUUUGUUUUUAAUAAUGAACAUAUUUAAGCUAGAUUUGUUUUCUUCUGAGUUUUAUUUUAGCUUAGGAGGUUAAUAAUAUAGGAAAGGCACUGUUUAAGGCAUUUUUCUAUCUAUUAUCUCUGCUGCUACUAUCAUUUCUUAUUUUUCUUAUUUACUUAAUUAGCUAAUUAACAACUAAAUAGAUCCUAAGUUCAGAUCUUAAAGUUUCUUAGUCAAUCAUAGGAUAGAAGUAUCUAUGAAUCAGGACCUUAUGGGCUUUCUAUUUAACUACAAUCAGACUUUUACGAUGGACUAGUUAGAAUAAAAGCAAAAUAAAACUUAUUUAGUUUAUUAUGCUUAGUUUUUUACUGGAGAUGGCGGUAGUUAGCGAUUAUACAAUCUAGAUGUUGUUCAAUGCACUAACCCUAAUCUAAAGAAAUAUAGGUGCAUAGACUUUUCUAAAAUUAGUAACGAAACGCUUGUUCUUGAUAAUAGUAAGAAUAUUUUUUCUUAAAUUUAAAUUAAUAUAUAUGGAUGUCAUGAUUUAGAUAGCAUAAAGACUACAAUUCCUAAUAAUUGUGCUUCUUAAUAAGAAAUUGAUGAUGCGAUUAAUGGCGCAUACGGUUUUGUUUAGCUUAAAUUAUAAGUAUAAUAGUACAAUACAACAUCAAAGUAAAUGCAGACAGAUUACAGAAGAAUCAGCACCUUUUUGCUUUCUAAUUAGUUUAUUAUGACUAAUAUACAUGCUUAAAAACAAGAAACAGAAGUAAGUUCAGGAUUAUUAUUUUAGACAAAAGAGACUCAAUCAUCACCAAUUUAGUAUGACUCAUAAAAUUAAAGUUAUGACAGGUAAUAAUCUUUGGAUUCAGGAUUAGGUCCUUAUAACUAGAUUUCUAUUCAAAUGGAUGAGAUUGUUCAAUAAUUCCAAAUUUAGUUCCCUACAAUCACUGAAAUAUUGGCUCUUGUUAAUAGUGUCGCAGCAAUAGUAAUGAUUGCAAGAUUUUUAGGUAAAUUUUGCUCCCAAAAAUUAAUAACCCAAGACUUAUUCAUGCUCAUUUUGAGUAAUUUGUUUUAAGAAAAAAAUGAAUAAAUACUAAAACAUAAUAAGUUUAUUGAUUAAACUAAUGAUGUGUGUUUUUAUCAGCAAAAUAACAAUUUAGAAAAUCAAGAUGAAAUUCUUGAAACUUAGGAAAAACAAAAUGCAAAUAAUAUAUUUGUUCCUAGUUUCUAAACUAAAUUUAGAGAUUUCGUGGAAACAAGUUAAAUGAUUAAUUCGAAUAGCGAUGUUUAAUAUACUGUUCGAAAAUCAGAAACUGAAGAAGAUUAGAAAGAGUCAAAGGAAAAUUAAAUUACAAACGCUUUAUAUGCAAAGCCUAGUAAUAGAAGAAUAAAUCAAUAGAAUAAUCUUUAAAAUAAACAUUAGUUUAGAUUAUAUAAAAAAAGUGAAAUUCUAGAAAAAGACAACGAAUCUCCAAGAUAAAUUUUUGAUUAAGAGAAAUCUACUAUUUAUAAAAACGAGACUUUGAAAUAGAGCUAAUUUUAUAAAAGUGAUUUUAUUAUUGAUUCCUAAUCUAAUGAUAUUGUUUAAAAGAGUGUUGCGAAUAAAGGGUUUAAUUCUAAUGUUAUAGCAUAAAAGCUGAAAGCUAUUAAUAGUAGUACUUUGAAUAAAACUAUUCAAAAUUUUAUCUUCAAAUUUAAAAUCUUUAGACGAAAAUAAUUUGAAAUUUCAAAAGGUAUUGAUUCAAGGUCAAUUAAAGGGAUAGGACAAGAAACUAUGAAGCAUUUAGAUAUCUUUAAUCUCUACAAAGAUAUUAUAUUUUUGAAAAAAGCAAUUCUAAUGCUUUUAAGAAGAGAUUAAUUAGCUGCAAUCUAAUUGGUUGGUCUAACUGAUGAUUAUUUAAAUAUUGAUUUGAGGGAUAAAAGUUCUAAAAAUGAUUUCGAUAAAAAUAAAAAAUUGAGUCAUUUCGAAAGUUAAUUCUUAAUUUUGUAGUCUGAAGAGCUGUAGGCAGAAUACAUAGAGAUAUUCCUUAAUAAAUUUAAGAAUGAUUAGGACCUUAAUGAUGUGGAUGCAAGAAUUAUUUCUUCAAUAUUUAAGAAAAAGUGA